AUGUUCACCAAGACCGCCGUCGCUUUCCUCGCCGCCGCUGGCGCUGCCUCCGCUGCCCCCGCUGCCACCAACAAGUACUUUGGUGGUCUCGCCAUCCACUCCGGCUCUGACAUCCAGAACGCUGGUGUCUCUGCCUCCAAGAACAGCCUCUGGCUCAACCACGCCCAGGACGCUUCCUGCGACAAGCAGGGCACCGACUUCGCCACCUUCUACAUCCAGGACGGCGCUGCCUACCUCUACUCCACCAGCGCUACUCCCCAGCAGCUCUACGUUGACCGCUCCGGCAUGGGCCGUGGCAACAUCGGCUACACCACCGGUGCUCAGCCCACUCCCAAGAACAGCGAGCGCACUGGCUUCGCUGUCAGCGAGAGCGGCUACCUCACCUUCGACGGCUCCGACGCCUUCUACGCCUGCCCCAGCACCGACGGCAGCUACGGCAUCUGGCAGCAGCAGUUCUCCGAGGACUGCGUCUCCUUCGGCUUCAGUGCUCAGUACACCGACUCGCCCGUUGGCUGCUCUUACUCCCAGCAGGGCCAGUAA